CCGAUGAGAUGGGUCUGGGAAAGACACUCCAAACCAUUGCAUUCCACGCUUUUCUGCGUGAGCGCUCUUCGCUACCUUUCCUUGUGUUGUGCCCGCUCAGCGUGUUGAAUAACUGGGUGGAAGAGUUUGAACGCUUUGCUCCUGACAUUCCUGUGGUCAUGUACCAUGAUUCGACACAAAAGAUGGUGUUCUCGGAAGCGGACAUGCAAGCCAAAACAGACAGAAAGGCAACGUCCCUACCUCCACAUCAGCGCACCAAUUUCCCCGUGGUCAUCACGACAUAUGAGAUGCUCAUGAAGGAUCGCGCCUACCUGGCGGAGUACUACUGGGGCUUCAUUGUCGUCGAUGAAGGGCAUCGACUGAAGAAUAUGAACUGCAGACUGAUCCGCGAACUCAGGAUGAUACCAGCAAGCUCGAGGAUGAUCCUCACAGGGACACCGCUGCAAAAUAACCUCUCCGAGUUAUUCGCUCUCCUGAACUUUGUGCUUCCCGAUAUGUUCUCUGAUCCUGAGGCGUUCGAGAAGUGGUUCAAUCUUCCGCAGCUGCAAGCUAAUCUCUCGAGCUCGCGUUCCGCUCAGAUCAUACACUCCCUGCACUCGAUCCUGCGACCGUUCCUGCUUCGGCGACUCAAGGUCGAUGUCGAGACUAACUUGCCACCAAAGAAGGAGUACGUGCUCUACGCGCCUCUGAGUGAGCGCCAGCGCGAACUGUACGACGCCAUCGCGAGCGGAGGCCUGCGCGCGCUCCUCACCAAGGAGGCGGCCGAGAAGCAAGGCCAGUCGGACGACGAGGAAGAGGUUCCGUUGAAGGCGCAGGCAAAAGGGAAGGGCCGAGCGGGACUGCGGCGAACCAAGCGAAAGAGCUACGCUGUGGAUGGGAACGAUGACGAGUACUUCAGGAAGCUGGAAGCUGGAGAGAUCGACGACAUCAGGAGAAGAGAGCAGGAGAAAAGUAAUGAAGAGCUCGCACGCGAAUGGCGCAGGAAGGCACUAUUGUCCAAGGUGAACCGGAUGUCGUUGCAGAACAUGGUGAUGCAGCUCCGCAAGGUCUGCUCGCAUCCGUUCCUCUUCGAUUGGCCGAUAGACCCGAAGACCCGCCAGCCCGUGAUCAAUGACGAGUUGUCGACAGCCAGCGGGAAGAUGAUGGUCCUUGAACGGCUGUUAGUAGAGCUUUUCGAGCGGGGCCACAAGGUGCUGCUCUUCAGCCAGUUCACGACUAUGCUGGAUAUCAUUGAGGACUGGGCUACUGAGUUCAAGGGGUGGUCGCUGUGUCGUAUCGACGGGUCGACGUCCAUGGCCGAUCGGCGGGAUGAGGUGGACAGGUUCCAGAAGAGCGGGGACGCUCCCGACGCGCCGCGUCUCUUUCUGCUCAGCACGAGGGCUGGAGGAUUGGGUCUCAACCUAGUUGCUGCAGAUACGGUCAUCUUCUACGACCAGGACUGGAACCCUCAGAUGGACCUGCAGGCGCAGGACAGGGCGCACCGCAUUGGGCAGACAAACCCCAAGCACACCGUCGAGACGAAGAUCAUGCAGCGCGCGAACGACAAGCGCAAGCUCGAGGCGCUCGUCAUCGCCAAAGGCGAAUUCAAGGACCCGACGCUUGCGCCGAGCCGCAACAGGAAGGAGACGAUGGCCGCGAUGGCCGCGGCGCUCCUCAAGCUCGAGGGCGAGCAGAUCGAGGUCGUGCCGAGCACGGCGGCGGGGAAGGCGAGCGUCAUCAGCGACGAGGAGCUCGACGUUUACAUGGAACGCGGAAGAGGGUGGACGUCCGCUGGCUCGGCGGAAGGCAAGGGUGGUGCAGCGCGGACGGCUGCGUUCGCGGUGUAUGAGGCGCCUGUUACGAAGGGAGGCGACUUUUUGGCGGACAUGUUGGGAGAGGAAGAGGAGGAAGAGGAAGAAGAAGAAGAGGGACGGGCAUGAGCCUGUUGUGGGUCUGGAUUAUCUG